AUGGGUUGGCCGACACGUUGUGAUCUAUCCUCUGAGGAUGCCCAAUACUCCUACUGCGCCAACGGCCCCGUGGCUGUCUUUUUCUCCGUCUUGUUCGGCUUGACCUGGAUCGCACAUGUAAUUCAAGCGGUGAUCUACCGGAAAAAGUUCUGCUGGGUCAUUGUUGUGGGUACAUUAUGGGAGUGUAUUGGACUGGUGAUGCGAACCUACUCCACCAUUGACCAGACGCAAGCCAACACAGCUUCAGCGGGGCAGUUAUUAGUUCUGCUGGCUCCCUUGUGGGUGAACGCCUUUGUGUACAUGAUCUUUGGUCGCAUGGUCUACUAUUAUCUGCCAGAAAAGAAGGUGAUUGGAAUUCGGGCGGAAAAGUUGGCAAAAAUCUUCAUCUGGCUGGAUGUGAGCUCUUUCAUCGUGCAAGCGACCGGAGGUAUCAUGGAUUCCGAUUUCAGCCCCGAGAUGAACAAGAUUGGCCUCCACAUCUACACGGCAGGAAUUGCGGUGCAGGAGCUAUUUAUUGUGCUAUUCUGUGGACUGAUCUUUGCCUUCCAUCGGCGAAUGCGAGAAGGGACGGGAGAUUAUUCGCGCGGCCCGCACUGGCAUACUCUGGUGAUCGCCAUGUAUGGAACAUUGGGGUGUAUCACGAUCCGAAUCAUCUACCGUCUGAUCGAGUUUGCAAACACCAACACCGCUGGCAAGAGUCCACUAACCGUGAAUGAGGCACCCUUCUACUGCCUGGAGUGUGUUCCCAUGUUUGCCGCAAUGAUUAUCUGGAACAUCUGGCAUCCUGGCCGCUAUCUCCAUGGCGAGGAGAGUGAAUUUCCCAAAAAGGUCAAGGUCUCCCGCAAAGAGAAGAAGCGCAUCAAGCAGGAAGCCAAGGACCGCAAGCGCCGGGACCGUAGGCGGUCAUCCAGUCGAAGGGGCAAACGAGACUCUGAGUAUCACCUCACCUCUACUGAUGAAGGAACCUAUGAAGACGGCUACGCCAUGCACGGCCGGCGGUAA